ACCAUGUCGUACACCUGCUGCCUGCCCAACCUGAGCUGCCGCACCAGCUGCUCCUCCCGGCCCUGCGUGCCCCCCAGCUGCCAUAGCUGCACCCUGCCUGGGGCCUGCAACAUCCCCGCCAAUGUGGGCAACUGCAACUGGUUCUGUGAGGGCUCCUUCAAUGGCAAUGAGAAGGAGACAAUGCAGUUCCUGAAUGACCGCCUGGCCAGCUACCUGGAGAAGGUGCGCCAGCUGGAGCGGGAGAACGCAGAGCUGGAGGGCCGCAUCCGUGAAUGGAACCAGCAGCAAGUGCCCUAUGCGUGCCCGGACUACCAGUCCUACUUCCGUACCAUUGAGGAGCUCCAGCAGAAGAUCCUGUGCAGCAAGGCCGAGAAUGCCAGACUGGUGGUGCAGAUCGACAAUGCCAAGCUGGCCACAGACGACUUUAGGACCAAGUAUGAGACGGAGCUGUCCCUGCGGCAGCUGGUGGAGGCCGACAUCAACGGCCUGCGCAGGAUCCUGGACGAGCUGACCCUGUGCAAGUCUGACCUGGAGGCCCAGGUGGAGUCCCUGAAGGAGGAGCUGCUGUGUCUCAAGCAGAACCAUGAGCAGGAAGUCAACACCCUGCGUUGCCAGAUUGGGGAGCGGCUCAAUGUGGAGGUGGAUGCUGCCCCCACUGUGGACCUGAACCGUGUACUGAACGAGACCAGGUGUCAGUACGAGGCCUUGGUGGAGACCAACCGCAGGGAUGUGGAGGAAUGGUUCAAAACACAGACCGAGGAGUUGAACCAGCAGGUGGUGUCCAGCUCAGAGCAGGUGCAGUCCUUCCAGGCAGAGAUCAUCGAACUGAGACGUACAGUCAAUGCCCUGGAGAUCGAACUGCAGGCCCAGCACAACCUGAGAGACUCUCUGGAAAACACGUUGACAGAGACCGAGGCCCGCUACAGCUCCCAGCUGUCCCAGGUGCAGUACAUGAUCACCAACGUGGAGUCCCAGCUGGCUGAAAUUCGCUGUGACCUGGAGCGUCAGAACCAAGAGUACCAGGUGCUGCUGGAUGUCAGGGCCCGGUUAGAGUGUGAGAUCAACACGUACCGGGGACUGCUGGAGAGCGAGGACUGCAAGCUUCCCUGCAAUCCCUGUGCCACUACCAAUGCUUGUGAAAAGACCACUGGACCCUGUGUCUCCAAUCCCUGUGCCCCUUGUGGUCCACGAGUCCGAUGUGGACCUUGCAAUACCUUUGUGCGCUAG